UUAUACGUCAUUUUUACUUAGAAACGUCAGCCAGCGACGCACGUUGCUUCAGUAGCUAGGGACUAUCAAAGCUGUGAGAGCAGCCAUAUUUCUGCGUAUUCAUGGCACAUGGGUGUAAAGAUGUGCUUUUUGCUCGUGGAGCUGCACAAAGUGACGAUUCUGACAUUUGGGAUGACACUGCACUGAUAAAGGCCUACGACAAAGCAGUUGCAUCAUUUAAGACUGCCCUGAAAGGUGAGGAGGACACACAAAGCUCAGAGAGAGACAACCCUGGAAAGAAACGAAAAAACAACAGAAACAACCGCAGCAGAAAGAGAAGCAAUGCUCCUCUGGAUAAAGAGUGGCGAGUCGGAGACCCCUGCUGUGCCUACUGGUCUAAAGAUGGCAAAUUGUACUCUGCCACGAUCUCAUCCAUAGAUGAGCAGAGGGGCACCUGUAUAGUUGUGUUCACACACUAUGGGAACGAGGAGGAGCAGAACCUCCGAGACCUUCUGAUAGAGAGCUCAGAGGUAGAUGAGGAAGCCCCCAGUAAGGUUAAAGAAGCAGAGUCUUCUACAGAGGAGAGCGACAGGUCGUCCACCCCACACCCUCACAGUCAUGUGCCACGCUCUAAACCCAAAUUCAAAUCCCCCAAAGGAUCUCCCAUGUUGGGUCCAAGCUUUCCUGGCUUUCCCCCAGGUCCCCCUCCAAUGCCUGGCUUCAGAAUGGGAGACUCAAGGCGACCUGGGGCCUCCAGGCCUGCCCCUCCAGGAUGGCCUCCUAUGAUGCCCUGUGGGCCACCGAUGAUCCCGCCCCCUCCCCCCAUGAGUCCAGACGGAGAGGAUGAUGGGGCUUUGGGCAGUAUGCUGCUCGCCUGGUACAUGAGUGGUUACCACACUGGAUACUACCUGGGUUUGAAACAAGGCCGCAAAGAAGCUGCGUCUGGAAGGAAGACUCACCACAAGUGAGAAAGGGGACUUCUGUCCUUACCAUGGUGUGUGUCUCCAUCCCAGAUGAAGAGGACAGAAGUGUUGUCAAUUAAAUGUAACGUGUGAAUGCAUUUCUGUUUGAAAACUACGAAAAACUUGAGACAUGUUUUGUAUUCUUUGUAAAUAAAACAAAUAAAGGCUGUUUUGGCUCACA